AACCCCUUUCUCAAUCACACAAUUGUCUUCUUCAUCCUCAGAAAACUAAAAACAUGGGCUCCGUAAAGGUAACCAUCCUCCUCUUAGCAAUGAUGAUCGGCGUUUCGUAUGCUGCCGACAUGUCGAUCAUCUCGUACGACGAGAAACACCACAUCACCGCCGACAACGAGCGGAGCGACGCCGAGGUUGCGAGAAUCUACGAGGCGUGGAUGGAGAAACACGGCAAGAAGGCGCAGAGCAACGGUCUUGUCGGCGAGGAGAAGGACCAGAGAUUUGAGAUCUUCAAAGACAAUCUCCGAUUCAUCGACGAACACAACAACAAAAACCUCAGUUACAAACUCGGUCUAACCCGGUUCGCUGAUCUGACCAACGAAGAGUACCGAUCUAUCUACCUCGGUGCCAAACCGAAGAAGAGAGUCCUCAAAACCAGCGAUCGUUAUCAGCCGCGUGUUGGUGACGCGAUACCUGAUUCUGUUGACUGGAGAAAAGAAGGUGCCGUCGCCGCCGUUAAAGAUCAGGGAAGCUGCGGGAGUUGUUGGGCAUUUUCAACCAUUGGAGCGGUGGAAGGAAUAAACAAGAUCGUGACAGGAGAUUUAAUCUCUUUGUCUGAACAAGAACUUGUUGACUGUGACACAUCUUACAACCAGGGUUGUAAUGGAGGUUUGAUGGAUUAUGCCUUUGAGUUCAUCAUUAAAAACGGUGGUAUUGAUACCGAAGAGGAUUAUCCAUACAAAGCUGCUGACGGUCGUUGUGAUCAGACCAGGAAAAACGCAAAGGUCGUCACGAUUGAUGCCUAUGAGGAUGUGCCUGAGAACAACGAGGCUGCGCUCAAGAAAGCUUUGGCUAACCAGCCUAUUAGUGUCGCCAUUGAAGCUGGGGGUCGCGCUUUCCAGCUCUAUUCUUCGGGUGUAUUUGAUGGAAUAUGUGGAACAGAGCUAGACCAUGGAGUUGUAGCUGUUGGUUACGGAACUGAGAACGGAAAGGACUACUGGAUUGUGAGAAACUCAUGGGGAGGAAGCUGGGGAGAGAGCGGAUACAUAAAGAUGGCACGUAACAUUGCGGAGCCAACAGGGAAGUGUGGAAUCGCCAUGGAGGCUUCGUACCCGAUCAAGAAAGGUCAGAACCCACCAAACCCUGGACCAUCACCACCAUCUCCCAUUAAGCCACCGACCCAGUGUGACAAGUACUACUCUUGCCCCGAGGGCAAUACUUGCUGUUGUCUCUUCAAGUACGGCAAGUACUGCUUCGGUUGGGGAUGUUGCCCUCUCGAAGCUGCUACUUGCUGCGAUGAUAACACUAGCUGCUGUCCUCAUGAGUACCCGGUUUGCAAUGGCGAUACCUGUUUGAUGAGCAAGAACAGUCCAUUCAGCGUUAAGGCUUUGAAGCGUACACCCGCGAAACCCUUCUGGGCACAUAGCAUGAAGAACAUGGCUUAAGAGGAAAUAUAUCACUGAUGAAUUCAUUCAUUCCUUCUUAAGAGAGGAGAGGACAUGAGUCAAGAGAAUUCAUCAAAAAAGCUUUCUUAUUGUUGUUGUUCUGAUUAUCUUUAAAUUGCUGAUUCUGCUGCUCGGGGGUUUUCUGUACAUAUAAAACCUCUUCCUAAGUGUCAUUCACUUUCAUCAUUGAUCCUAAACAUUGGUAUUUACCGGUUAUUUAUGGAUAAAUUUAUCUUUCCCA